AAGGAAAUAGAUGAAAAAUAACCUAGUGAAUAUCGACAUUUUCCUCUUUCAUCUUCUCUCAUGCAAAAUUCGAACGAAAAAGCCGCCCCCUUUCGAUCCUAAAGCUAUGGAUUCGAGCAAUAAAGGUUUGGCAAGUUGUAGUUCUGGGAAGAAGAUGACCAAACUGCGUAGAACAACAAAGGCAGUGAAGAAGAUGAGACUGAUUGUGGACAUUUAUACCACUGCACUACAUUGCACGGUGGAAGAUCUUGACAGAAGAAAUGGUAUACAGAAUCCUGAACGGAUUGAUAGAGACAAAGAAGCAAAACUGGUCAAUGUUGAUGGGGAGAAAAAGAUCAAUGAUGUAGCAACUACGAGUAAAUCAGUGGGUAUCAAAGGAAGCAAAUCCUCAAAUGGUGAAACCAGCAACAGCGUAGUAGCGUUUGAGAACAAGAGGAAGAAGCUAAGAAAUCAGCAAAACAUCUCUGAGAACAAGAGGAAGAAGCUAAGAAAUCAGCAAAACAUCUCUUCCGAUGAUAGUUCCAAACAGCCAAGGAUAUUGAUGAAGAAGAAGCAUACUACCAAAGAAGAAAACAAAAUGGAGUUACCUGAGAAUCUUCACACAAUAUCAGAUCCAUCACCUGUAAAAGAUCAAGCUCCUAAUCUACUACAAUUAUCAGUUUCACUUGAGAAUUUUGACUGCAAAAAGGAGGUUUCAGUGGAUUCUAAGACCGAGAAAGGAAGUAAUAGCAUCCUGGAGGAGGAGAUGCACAUUCCUGGACCUCCGGGAUCAUUAUUGCCUAGUCUUGAUCAUGAUUGUGGAAAUACAUUAUCCUUGGCAACCAGCAAUGAUCUUAUUGAGAAAGAUUCAUCAGAUUCUUUCAUGUCUGCUGCAAUGUCAUUCGUCUUGGAUAUUCACAAGAAACCUGCAGCAGUUCCGGUGCUUAGGCUAAUGGGGAAAGAUCUAAUUGUGAUCUUGCCAGAGAAUAACAUGUAGUCAUUUGUUUUAAUUGAAUUGUACUAGUGCUGGAUUUAAAUGUUGGUUUUGUUGACUGAAAUAAAGACGUUGGAAAAAUGUUCAUUCUAUUCAAAUGUCAUACAAAAAAAAAGAAAAAGAAUCAAAUCUUGCUUCUCAUCCUGACUAACUUUGCUAAUGUUUCUUGAGCAGCCAAGGUUUGUGAAUGGUUAUGUCCCAACAUCACUGUUCUUAUACUAAUGCAAGUUCUACAGAGCUCUUCACCGCUGUCAAAGAGUCCGCCUUUCAGAAGUAGUUUUGCUCUCGUCUCGAGCAAAGCUGCUUUCAAUAACGUCACGUCUUGCCACAAAUACUCAUCCAAUUUCUGGUUCGACUGUAACAGCAACUUCUUCUUCUUCCAGCAAAGCGAUCCAUGGCACCAAUCCUGUAUCUGAGAUACAAAAGACUUCUCCACUUCCUCCAGAACGUUCGUGCACACUUUGAGAAGCUCCAACGCUGCGUUACAUCUUGAGAAAACCGUAAACGCUCUGAUUGCUAGAGGCAGAGCGGUUUUCUUUAUGAACAGAACCAUAUCAACCACUUUCAUUUGUACGAGAGGAGGUGCAGAUUUGAAUCCAAAUACCAGAAAUGCGGAAGCCCAGAGAUGGUCCGAGUUGGCGAACGGAUUCCCAAUCUUUCUCACUCCUUGGACGGUUGCCUUGGCGGUUAAUGAACCGCCUUUUCUCCUAGAGUAUAUUUGAGUUAUCGGAUGGAACUGGAUCCAGCAGCCGGAUUGCUUAUUCGCCCGUCGAGCUAAACCUAGCUUAACCAACAGGAGAGCCGAAUCCUCUUCACUCUUCCAUGUCGAGCUUGAUAACCGACCGCCCAAGCAACAACACUUGGUCCAAUUCCUGAACCGGUUUUUGGUGUUUGGCAUGCUUUUAGCUGCCGCGACUAGUAGAUUACUCGAAAUGGGCGUCGGCGCAAACCAACCCCCGGCUAGAAGCAUUUGUGAUGUGAGAACGUUCGAUUUCUGCACGACAGCGUCACAAAAGGUGAUCACUUUCAUUAUGAAUUCAUCUGCAACGCUCAAAUUAGAAGCUUCCUCAAUCUGGAUAUUGUUUAUAGCUUCGAAGAGGGCCGAAGGAAGAAUUUGCAGUUCGGAGAGUAGGGAACCGAUGACCCAUAAACCGAAACUCGAUCUGCCAACUUUCUCAUCAAAUUUCCCAAGAUAAUCAAUCUCCUCAAUUGAGUAAUCCUUCUUUCUUCUUCCUUUGAUCAAAUUCAUGGCGUCUGUUAACGGCAAUGGCUGAAGCUGCAUAGGAUCGAAGUUCAUCACUCGUGAUAGCCUCGUCGUAACUAUGACAUGAGUCCCACCUGUAUUUCUUGGUAUCAAGUCAUGAAGAUCUUUCCCUUCCCACCAUUCUUUCUCUGUCUCUAGAUUAUCAAUGAUAAGCAAAUAAGGCAUAUCGCGAAACAAUUCCCUCUUGACUCUCUUGAAUGCUUCCCCUUCUUGCUCUUCGAAGCUUCGAAUUCUCCCCCUUUCCUUCUCUGCGUCGGCACUCACGUCCAGUCCUAAAUUAAGCGACAGAUUGAGUAUGUUCUGUCUGAAAUACUGAGCUUCGCCUCCAACCCAUAAAACCAUCUUGUAUCUCUGGCAAUACCUGUGAGCAAAUUCCAACGCUAGUUCAGUCUUUCCAAUGCCGGCAGCUCCGUUUAUGCAAACAAUACUGCUUCCAAAGCUUUUGUAUUUUCCGCUCUUUGAUUUAUUAUACUUGUGUCUCUUAAUUGAGUUUCUUCCAAUCACGGGUUCAACCCAAGCUUCUAAUUUUGGUUCCUUUCGUCUUCCCACUUCAAGACAUAUGUAUCUCCCUCCUCUGCUAAUGUCAACUUCACUUUCUUCAUCUGAUUGCCCAUUAUUCUCUAUAUAAUCCCCAUUCCCAAAGAAGGCAGUUUCAAUCUCCAUGAUCUCUCUUUCUCUAUCCACAAAGAAUUUGUUACGAAGAAACGGCAACUCAUCGUACCCACUUUCAACCUCCCUCUCCGCAACACUCUUCCGACCAAGCUUUGCCGUCAAAAUCCCAGCUGCUUUACAGACGCAGCUUCUCCAGUUACCUUCAUUUGCUUCAAGCAUGAACUCUUGAGAUUUCAUCAGUCCUUCGAUGGCUUCUCUGUUGUCUUUAUAAUCUGAACCAUGUUGAAGAAGAUCGGUGAUUUCUGUCUGGUCUGUGUCGAAGAACAGGGGAAUCAGAUUCUUCUUCUGAGCGAAGAAUCUGAUCUCCUCUAAGGUAACAGAGUUGAGAACACUGAAAGGAGUAAUAACCACAACUCCGAAAGUAACGGAGCAAAUAACACGGUCGGCAAUCUCGUGACUCUGCGUGUCUGAGUACUUUGCCCUGUCGGCGGUGAAACAAGCAAUCCCUUGAAGCUCGAGUUCAGAUUUGAGCCACUUGCAGAAGCGAGUUAGGUUUGGGUUUUGACCAUGGUAUCCUAUGUAAACGUCGCAGCUUCUCAGCUUACCAUUUGAUGCGGGUGAAACCGGGUUUUUGGCGAAGGAAAUCCGUGGAACUGGGAAAGAGAAGGAGAUUCGAGGAGGGGCGGAGUCAAUCUUGAGCUUUUGGUUAGUGGGUUCGUCGCAAAAAUCGUCGGCUUCCGGCGGGGGAGUGUAAGAAGUGCUGGGAACGUCGUCGGACUGUGAACCGGAAUAGGAAACCGGAGGUGAUGGGUGGGUGAGAGGAUUAGGAUUAGGAUUAGGAUUAGGAAGAAGAUUUAUUGGGAUUUCGAUUGCUCUUGGGGAAAUGUAAGGGGACUGAAGAGCAGAGACGAAUGCAGAUGAAGGAGGAGAGAUGAGAGGAGAACCGUAUGGAGAUGAAGCCGUUGACAAGUUGCUAGUUUGAACAUGUUUUGCUUCAGAAUUUGAAAUCUUGAUGGUGAGGGGUUUGGUAAUUUGAAGCGGAGCAUCUGGUUGUGGUGGUGGUGCUUCUAUUUCCACCAUUUUUUUUAUUUGAAUCUGAGGAUUGGAAGA